AUGCUUGAUUUUUCUAAUUAUGGACGAAGAGUUGAUCAUCAUAGAGAUAUGCGUAUGGAUAUCGAUCAUAUGUCUUAUGAGGAGCUUCUUGCAUUAGGCGAGCAGAUUGGGAAUGCUGGAUCGGGAUUAUCAGAGGAUUUUAUUUCAGAAAAAGCACGAAUGCAAGCAGAAGCCAAGAUAGCUGAAGAUGCUCGGAGGCGAGUGGAGGAGGAAGCUACUGCAGAAGCAAAACGGAAAAGAGACCUGGAGAGGGAAUCAACCAGACAAGAAUUAUUGAAGUUGCCCUCACCGGAGUAUUUCCCUGUUCUUUCUGACAACUCAUAUUACCAUUUUAUCCUUUCAACUGACAACAUCUUGGCAGCUACUGUUGUGGUCACUUCUACAGUCCAAUCAUCUCUAACACCUGAGAAGAUUGUUUUCCAUGUCAUCACUAAUAAGAAAACAUACGCAGGCAUGCACUCAUGGUUUGCCUUAAACCCCAUCUCACCUGCCAUUAUUGAAGUCAAAGGUGUUCAUCAGUUUGACUGGUUGACCCGAGACAAUGUUCCUGUUCUUGAAGCCGUUGAAAAUCAUAAUGGACUUCGUAAUUACUAUCAUGGAAAUCAUAUAUCAGGCACUAAUGUUGGUGAUAGAGUUACUCCAAGAUCAUUUGCCUCAAAAUUAGAAGCUAGAAUCCCUAAAUACAUAUCCUUGCUCAAUCAUCUUCGCAUAUAUCUCCCAAAGCUAUCUUCUACUUUUGGGCGGCUUGUAAUUUCAAGUGAUGGAGUCUGGGAUGCUCUUUCCACUGAAUCAGCUCUGGAAUGCAGUCACGGAUUGGCUGCGGAAUCAGCAGCAGCACAAUUGUCAAAGUACGAAAACAAAAAAAAUGUCAAAUUUGUAAUAACAUAUUAG